AUGACACAACCAACAUGGCUCCUGGCUGCACUUUACGUCACACCAGUUAUACUGGUGUGCUAUUAUCUCAUCGGCCGGUCUAGUUCGUCCCGAGCCGCAGUAGCAGCACUACCAGAGAUGGAGAUAUCAGAAAUCUACGUAUACCCGAUUAAAUCGCUACGAGCAAUCAAACUAGCUUCUGCAAUUGCAACACCACAUGGCUUUGCACACGAUCGCACCUUCAUGCUCCUCGAAAAAACACCCACAGGCUACAAAAACAUGGCCGUAGCAUCCUACCCCCAAAUGACGCAAUUCCUCCAGGAAAUCUCCCCACCACCUCUAUCAACCCAUAACAGCAACACCGAGUCCACACUCACAAUCCACUACCUAGCCCACGGCUCCACCCCCAACCAAUCCAGCCUCACCAUCCCCCUAACCCCCACACCCACCUCCCUCUCCACCCUCGAAAUCUCCCUCCACGGCAGUCCCACAACCGCGUACCGCAUGCCCGAGUCUUACAACACCUGGUUCAGCACCUGCUUCAACUUCCCCGUCGAGCUCGUCUACCUCGGCUCAAACCGCCGCUCCCCACGCUUCAGCAACCUCUCUUCCUCUCCUUCCUCUUCUCCAUCAACCCCGCAAAUCGCCCAAUCCCUCACCUUCACCGAUUGCGCCCCUUACCUCAUCACCUCCUCCGCCUCCCUAUCUUCCGUCUCUUCACGCAUCGCUUCGCAAAUGGAUAUCACCAAAUUCCGACCCAAUAUUCUGCUCUCUGGUGCCAAGGAAGCGUGGGAUGAGGAUUUCUGGUCGACAAUCAGGGUUUCGGGCAAGGAAGCAGAGACGGAGGUGGCGCUGUUGCAUAAUUGUGUGAGGUGCAAGAGUAUUAAUGUUGAUUAUGCGACGGGGAGGCCGGGGACGGGGGUUAAGGGUGAGGUGUUGAAGCGGUUGCAGGGGGAUCGGAGGGUGGAUCUGGGGGCGAGGUGGAGUCCGGUGUUUGGGAGGUAUGGGUUUUGGGUUGGUGGCGGUGGUGGUGGUGAGAAAGAGAAGGAAGAGGUGGUAUGGAGGGUUGGGGAUAAGGUUAGGGUUACGGGAGUGAAUAGGGAGAGGACUGUUUGGAGCUGGCCGAAUCUUGGCUAG